UUUUCUUCCUCCAGUCAUCAUUAAGCCUCUGAUGCUUCAAAAAGCUGUUGGGGAAGCUGCUUCUGUUUCUCUACAGUCAGACAACAAGAUUUCCUCUGGCACUCAAGUGCAGUGUGCAGAUGUGGAGAGUCCAGAUGUGAUCCUGAUUAAAGAUGAGGAUGACGUUGGAGGUUGUGGACCAGCUGUAGGUCAGGACGACUUCAGAGGCCAUCGUCCACAGGAAGGUGUUACCACAGGGACUCAGAAGUUAGACUCUCCCGGUUCCUCCUGCCUUACAAGUGAUAGUGAGGAGCUGAGAAUCGUGAGUGUUCACAGUGGAGGAGAAGUGCCUCUGCAGGGCGAGAGUGACACCCUCUUCACUGCCUCUGAACUUCAGGCUUUUAGCUCUCUGUCUCCAGACCACAGCAUCACCCAUGAUGGUCUCCUCAAUUUUACCACUGGUGCCAAUGAUGGUGUCUCAAUGAGACUGAUGCAGGAUAAGAGUGUUGGACUGUUGGAUCGAAAUCAUUCCACUCAAAUGGCUUCAACAGCAUUGAGUUCUGCGAUAAAAACAAUAGUCGGAGCCGAUCAAGUGGGACACCCUAGUCAUAUCAGCCAGUUCUCCCAGCAGCAUAACAUCUUCCCUCACAGUGUCAGCAAAUCCCUUGACUGCAGCUUCUGUGGCGAGCGCUUCCUCAGCCGCGAAGACCUGAUCGUUCACCGGGCGAGUCACACCGGGGAGUCGCCUGUCGUCUGUAGCUUGUGCGGCAAGUCGUUCGUCAACAAAACCACGCUGGGCAUCCACAUGCGCAUUCACACCGGUGAGAAGCCGUACGCGUGUCCGCAGUGUGGGAAGCGCUUCACGCAGAACGGCAGCCUGAAGAUCCACCUAAGGACUCACUCCGGAGAGAAGCCGUACACCUGCAACCAGUGUACCGCCAGCUUCAACAACCCCAGCAACCUGCGCAGACACAUGAUAACACACAACACAAACGGGGUGCUCUGACCACUGCUGACGAAAAUAUUUAAUAUCUUUAAUACUCUUUUUCAGGCUUUCUUACUUUUACUGAAAAAAUGUGAUAGUCAUGGGACAAAGGUGAGUACUUUGUAUGUAGGUAUUAACUUCACACUAAAAUUGUUGUGUGUUGAAUAAUAUUAGACUUGCAUUCAUUUUUAACUCUAGGAAACGUAGCAA